AUGCAAAAUGGCGAUCGCGGGGCAAGCUUGCAAAAUCCGCAGGCAAGCGCGCCAGGGUCGGAUGCUAACGAUCGGAGUCGAUGGCUGCGAUUCUAUGGAGGCUUCGUGCAGAAAUGCGGGAUCAACGUCUCAUCGCUUCCAACCAUCUACGGUAAGGCCGAUCGUGCGGACAUGGCGUGUCUGAAAGCAAGGAAAGGGUUCGAGAUAGAUCUAUUCUCGCUGUUCUUACUGGUGAAACGCUACGGAGGAUACGAGCAGAUCGUGGACGAUGCUGUCUGGGUGGAGAUUGCCAGGAGCCUCGAUGAGAGCUUGCAGGCUCACAGCUCCGUUGCGAAGCCCCUCCGGCAGAUCUACCUACAGUACCUCUACCUGUUUGAAAGUUUCAUGCGUCAGAAGACGUCUUUUAACUUGGCGAUGUCAAGAAAUCAGCAAAGGGUUCUUGAACAAACGCUGACAGAUCAAGAACCGCCUCAGAAGGUUGCACACUCGUUCCAAGCACAAGGCAGCGGGUAUGGUGUCCAGAGCGCUCAUCGGGGUGUUUUCCCGCCGAUAGUCAAAGAGCAGCAACCUCACUUGUUUCAUCAAUCUCCCGGGAAUCCAACGGGGCCCAUGGGCACUCCCUUGCAGAGCACAAACUUCGGCCAGCCAGCUCAGGCAAGCUCGACCCCCGUGCGGGAGGACGUGCGGGAGGACUUCUUUGCGGCUGGUUCCCAUUCUAUGCAGUAUCCUCUACAAGGAGGCGGUCAGCUUCAGGGCAUGCAGGCCAGGGCCGGUGAUGUUGCUGUUAACCUCGACCGAGUCUCGCACUUCGAUCAGAGCGCUGGAAGUAUGGGUGCUGUUGGCCUCCAACAAGGUCCGGGACUUGGAGGAGGAAGAAUUGGCCCAGGGAUGGGCGGUGGGAUGCAACAGGGGAACAUCGGAACGGGGGGAGUAGGAGUAGGAGGAGUAGGAGGAGGAGGAGGAGGAGGAGGAGGUAUGACGGGUAGUAUGCUACAGACACAGAGUUACCAGGGAAACUCUGGUCCUGUGAGCACCGUGCAGUGCACAGAUGGACAUGGAGGCAUGGUGAGCAACAUGGGGCAAGGGACAGUGUAUCAAGGGAUUGCUAGGGCAGGAGGGGGGCAGCAGGAGAUAGGAGGCGGAAUGGGCAAUCAAUUGAGUCAAGGAGGAAACAGCAGCCUACAAGCCAGAGGGCAGCAGGGAGGAGGAAUGAUGGGGAUGGAGAGGGUUGGGAUGAUGGGGCAGGGGGGCUUGCAGCAAGGAACAGGAGGAGGGAUGGGAGGGAUGCGGGAUGCGGUGAGAGCAGGGCUGGUUGAAUCUGGGAACAGGAUGGGGCAAGGGAGCAUGUCGCAGGGGGUUGGAGGCCAUCAGGGACCUGAAGGAGGAGGAGGGCUGGGGGUGGGGCUGGGUAGCAGAAUGGGGAUGCCGACCCUGCACCAAGGGGGAAUAGCACAGGUUGGGCAGAGAGCUGGAGGAAUGGGGGGAGACUUGGGGGGAGGAGGAGGGAGGAUGCCGUUGAAGGGAGGUCCGCAUGGAUCGAGUGGGGGAGGAGGAGGAGGAGGAGUGGGUAGUCAAGUACAAGGAUAUGCGGCGGCCAUGAUAGUUGAAUCAAGUCAUCAAGCCGUUGUGGAGACGGCGGGGGGGAUGAAUGCGACUCAGCAGCCGGGAGGAGGGAUGGGAGGAAUGCAAGGUAGGAGCACAGGGCAAGGGGGUAUUGAGCAGAGCAGCAACCUGGCAGGCAGCCUUCUCAGGUCAGCAGAGCUGGAAAGAGGUCGAGGAUUCAUUGUAGAGCAAGGAAUGAGCAACCAGGGGAGCCGAGCGUCCAGUAUGCAGUCCAGCACAGGAGGGGGGAUGGGAGGAGCGAUGCAAGGUGUCAUGGGGCAGAACGCCAUGCAGCAUGCGAACAUGGGCCAGGUAGGAGGAAUGAGCAUGCCUGGAGGGCAGCAAGACGCUGUGGGGAUGGGUCAAGGGAGCAUGCAGCAGUCGGGGUUGGGCUGA